AACUUGAUGAAUCUCGCGUAAAAAUGGAACCUGGGAUACUAACGAAGGUCUUGUCCGAUUUCCUAACGACUGUCGACGGCGAAUUAAGUUUGCACAAGGGAGAAUACUUCCUGGUGUACAGCAUCGUGGACAAGCAUUGGUGUUAUGGGGAAUCUCGUAGGAGAACAGGAAAAUUCCCAUCGAAUUAUCUGCACAAAGUGGAAAUUCCACCCUUGCACGAUACUCAAUCUUUAUUCGUGUCGACUGCCUCCUUUCCAGGACAGCAAGAAGGAGACCUAUCCUUUGCUCAAGGAGAAAUUAUUGUUGGGAUACAAGAUGUUGGAUCUGGAUGGUACUUAGGUCAAAUAGGUGAUAGGAAGGGUAUUUUCCCUCUGACCCAUGUAUGGCAACUUGAUACCAAAUUACUAAAGAAAGGUUUAGAGAAAAAGACUAUAAGAAAGAAAGCCAGGAUAAAGGCGAAUUUAAAAGCACAACUUGAUGGGGAACUCGAUUUAGUGGAAGGUGAAAUAGUUACUGUUACAGAAGUUCUUGGCGAUGGCUGGUGUUGUGGAAUAACCGAGAAUGGUAAAGAAGGGACGUUCCCAGAAGGAUUUAUAUCUUACAUAAGCGAUGACAGUGACCAAUUAGAUACGGCAGUCUUAACUGAGAAUAAUAGUUUUCCUUCCCCGAUUACUUAUAACGAUAGGAAGUACACGAAUAUUGAGAAAGCUGACUCAUAUAAUGAAGAACCUGCACCAAAUUAUUAUGAUUUGUACCCUGACAUUCAAGAAGCUUCCUCGGAUAUAUCAAAAGUUUCCCAAGACACCAAUAAUUUAAAUGCAUUAGAUUUGAAACCGUAUGCUAUAACUUUAUAUCCAUUUAACGCUCAAUUUCCUAAUGAGCUCAGUUUCGCUGUAGGAGAAGUGGUGCAUCUUAUCAAGCACAUAGAUUCCGAAUGGAUGGAGGGAACAAUAGAUAAUCAAAAGGGAAUAUUCCCUAUAUCCUACGUUAACAUCAUAGUAGACUGCAACGAAACAAACAAUAAACAGAAUUUAUAUGAUCAAGAGCCAAACGCUGUUCAAUAUAAUGAAUUAAUAUCUGGAACUCAAGCAAGAGUCGAGUACACUUUCAAGGCUCAAAUGGACGGAGAUUUGAACGUGUUUGAAGGUGACACUGUUAAAGUGAUCAGCAUGGCAAACCCAGAUUGGGUCAACGUCGAAGAUCAAUCGGGUAAAAUUGGUUUGUGCCCAAGAGCAUACUUGAGUCCCUUGUCUGCGGACUCGUCGGAUCUUAUUUCAGACACACUGGAAGAUUUUGUUGUAAUACGGCACGAUGAAGCAAUUUCCAAUAAAUCAAAAGAGCAGAAAUCGAACAGGCUCUCGGAACCGCAUAGACCGGCUCCGCCAGUACCAGCACCGGGUAGAAUACCGUUGCAGAAAGAUGCCACAGGAGGAAUUGAAAACUCGAGCGAUGCCAAUCAACAGAUCGACAUUGCUAGUAACAAUAAUUUGGAUAUUAAACAGAAGAAAGCGGACCAAAGACAAAACGUUAUAUCGGAAUUAGUUAUUACCGAGAAGGAGUACGUUCGCGACUUGAAAUUAACGUACGAAACGUUCAAUUUACACAAUCCAAGCCAACUUGAAUCUUUAGGAAUAGAUGUGGCUAUUUUAUUCGGAAAUCUGUUUGACGUUAUUCAAGUUGCCGAGGAACUAUUAGAAAUAAUAUUAAGGGCGAUGAAGGGAUGCGACGAAGAAUUGCAAAAUGUUGGUUCCUGCUUUACGAUAAUGGCUGAGAAACUGAAAAGCGUCUACGUGAAAUACUGUGGAAAUCAUGAAGCUGCUUUAAUUUUAUUAAAAAGGUAUGAGAAUAAUGAAGAGAUAAUGAAAGUAUUCAACAAAGGCAUUGAAACGUUACGAUACCAAGUGGCCUGCUUCGACAUGAGUUCUAUUCUUAUAAAACCAGUUCAAAGAAUAUUGAAAUAUCCUCUUAUUUUAUAUGAAUUGGUGAAGUGUACCGAUGAUAAUCAUCCUGAUAAACGUACCGUGGAAGAAGCGUGGAAAACUAUGACUGCCGUCGCCAGUCAUAUCAACGAAUAUAAGCGGCGAAAAGAUUUGGUGUCCAAGUAUUUGGACAACGACAAUACAUUAAUAAGGAAAAUGGCUAAACUGAACAUGCAUUCCGUAGCAAAGAUGUCCACUAGAUUAAGUACGAGAUUGUCCGCAAGUUUGGGAUUGACAAACGUUGCGGUCGAUCCAGAGUUCGAGGAACUCGAGAAACAAUUUAGAUCUGUUGAGAAAUGUACCUUGCAAUUAGCUAAAGACGUCGAGCAAUGUCUCACGUAUUUAAGCGACGAAGCUAUCUCCGGAGAGGUGAUAUCGGACUUUUUAAUUCAGUAUUAUCAAGGAACGCCGAACAUCCAAGCGAAGAGACUUAGAGACAUAAGAUCCAUGAUCUGGUCGCAAUUCGUGCAAGAAUUGAAAGUAUGUUUAAAGAACAGAGUAACCGCGCCGAUCAACUUCCUAGCUAUUCUAUUAGAGGGACCUGCUGUUUUAAUAACAAAAAGACAUGACAAACUGUUAGACUACGAUGCCGCUAUCUCUAAAAGCGAAAAGUAUAAAGAAUCGAGAAUUGCACAAGACGAAUUGGCAACUGCUAAGUGCAACUAUGAAGCUUUAACGAAUCAACUAUUAGAAGAAUUGCCGAUUUUGAUUGACGCCGCGACGAAAGUUUUAGUAAAUUCUAUUAGUGCUUUUGCACAUGCUCGUAAACUUCUGUGUGGCAAAAUUACUAAGAGAUAUUUAACUGUUUGCGAGACGUCGACACGUUUAUCGUCUCAAGAUAUUCUGGAAGCGUUCUUAGUCAAUCAUAAUUUGUUAUGGAAUCAAAUGACGCGUUUUACAUUCGCCGGUUCGAAUCCACGUAUGGAAGAACCGGGAUCUACUUGGGGCCUACAGAGCGAGGGACAGAAGCUUCUAUUGAGGAACAAGUAUUCCGCUGAUAAGUUAUACAUUGUUACAGAAAAUGUAGCGAGCACUUCGUCUUUGGACAUGGGUGUUGCGCGCGGGACAUUAGUCGCGGUAAUUAAAAAACAAGAUCCUAUGGGUAACGCAUCCAGAUGGUUCGUGGACAACGGUGUUGUCCAAGGAUUUUUACCUUCGAAAAGUCUGCACCUUCAAGUACCACAAGUAACGCAGCUACCUAACGAGGCUGAUACCAAGGGUACAAAUAUUUCGUCCACGCCUGAUUUAAUUUGCAUGGAUUCUCCUGAGAGAGAACUGAAACUUACGUCUCAAUCGCACCUGGAAGAAUUGAUGGAUCUGGAUGUUGAGAAAGAGGUGAACAAAGAGACUCACUGCUAUGGCAAUAUUGAGCAAAUCCCCAGAGUUCAGCAGUAUCAAAAUUUAAACUACGAAUUCUACUAUGCAGAAUAUGACUUCUCUAUAAAUACACCUGGAACGUUGUCAGUCGUUAAAGGGCAAGCGUUAAGGCUUGUCAGGCCUCACGAUGAAAAAGGGAACGAUGAAUGGUGGCUUAUGGAAGACCGUUAUGGUAAUAAGGGCUACGUGCCUCAAAAUUAUUUACGCGAACCACCGACUGGGAACCAAUAAACUUAAUUACGCGUUGAACGCAUAGCUAAUGAAACCUAUGAUAUUUUAGUCCAAAGUAUAAUUAAUCAUAAAAAUUUUUAUCAAUGUUGAAUAUUUAAAUAUUGACAAGCGUUAAUGAUGUUCUACUCUAUUUCAUAAAAGAUAUUAUUGCUUAUUGUACUUACGUUCACGUGCUUUACACUUAACACUGUACUUCCUCAGUAUUUUUUAUUACGUGUACAUAACACUUAUGUGAAACAGGUGAAAGAUAUGUGUAUAUAAAUCAUGUUUACAUAAUACAAUACUUCUGUGAUACUAUUAAUCUGUGUCACUUGAAAUACUUUUCACGUUUUAUUCUAUUGAAACGUAUUUUGUAUAAUAUAUAUACAAAUAGAUAUAUAUAUUAUACAUUUUGUAAUUGAUUUUAUAAAACUACGAUAUAAAAAGCGUUGAUGACUACUAUGGAUUUUAUUACAUAUGUAUAUGAUAAAUGCAUAUGUAUACACAAACGUAUUAUGUUUAUCGUUCUGUACUCAAUAAAUUAUAAACGUACCAAUAAAUUAUUGAGUAAAUAUGA